CCGAGGGGAUUUGCUCUUUCGAAGAGGACCAACUCUGUAGUAGUCUUUUCUUAGGUAACUCCCGGAUUCUUCAGUGCUCGCUCCAUUGUUCUGUAAAAGCUUCUUCCUUUAAGUUUUUGCUAUUCUAUUUCCUACGUAUUUGCUUACUCACGCUCAAUUUCAUAUGGCCACUUUUGUUACACAGCGGUGACAAGGAGUCCGAGAGUUCUUCGUUCCGAUUUGUUUAUUAUAAAUGGCAAUAGGAAUUGAAAAUGACAACGGUACAAAAUCCCUUGUGGGGAUCUGUAAACCUGGCAGGAGGAGGCAUUGGUGCAGAAAUGCCCCAAAUUUGAAAAGAUUCAAUGAGGGAUUGAUUCAUGGAGUAGAAGUAUCAAGUUUUCUUGAAUCGUUGCCCCAAGAUAUUGUGGUUAAUAUUCUGACAAAAUUGAGACAUGGUGACUUGAAGCAUAGCCUCUUGGUCUCCAAAUUUAUAAGUGAAGCAGCAUUAGUUGCAAGGAAAACACAUUUUCUGUACACUACUCCAGCAACAAAGCCUGCCUUUAGUAGAAACUUGGAGCUAAGUGAUUCAGAGAUUUCAAGAGCUCCAAAAGCUUUGGAGCAAAUGAGAGCUAAGAAACAGAAAGCCAAAAGAUUUCAGUGCAAUGGGAGAAGGCUUUCAAGCAUUUUUGCACUUCUAUGAAAAGAAAAAGAAGAAAAAAAAAGAGAAGGAAUAAUGCGCAGAUAAAUUCCGGGCAUGAUGUAUAGUUUAUAUAACUGCUUUUUAUUGUGCCCUGUGAAGAAUUCGUAUUAUAAUCGACAGUAGGAUCACUUCAAUACUUGAAUUGAAGAAAAUUAGGUGAAAAUGUAUUUUUCAAAUGUUUUUUUUCUU